UAUUCUCAAAGGCUCUUUUAAUUUUUCAUUUAAAUCAUGGCUGAACUAUACGAUGGAAAAUUUAAAUUAAAAUAUAACAAAGACAUUUUGGAAAUGGGGAAAAAAAUGUCUACCAAGCUUCUAUUUCGUUUCAGAGAAGAAAAGCUUGAACGCUAUUUCUUAUUCGAACAAUUUAAAUGAGAGCUUUCCAGAUACAUCAAAUUUAUCUUUAUAUCUGAAUGAAUUUAGCACCUAAUGCUGAAAAAUUUAAUAAAAUGCGCUGUUUUUCUCCUAUGGUUAAUGCUAAUGUGAAGUCGCCCUGCUUGAGUCCCAUUAGAAAGACUAAGGAUUCACAUCAUGGAACCUUUCUAAAGCGUCGUGAAAUGAAAGAAAGGAGUUGUUCGGAAUCAGAACGUCCCAAGAAGCAUCGUUCUUCACGCACGUGUUUUGAUUUAACUGUUUCAAGCGAAGAUACCUAGUUGUGACGAUUUGAAUGAAAAAAUUUCUCUUAAGUU